AUGGUGCUUGAAGAUAAGCAAGCUGUCAGAGAACAGCAGGAGCAAUCUCUUUGGAGAAAGGAACUCCGGCGCAGAGUGGAUGAAGAGAAUGAGGAGAUGGUGAAGGAGAAGAGACUGUUGCGAGAGAAGAAGAUUCAGGCUGAGAAAGAGGAGAGAGCUCAACUUCGAGCCCUGGAUGAGUUGCAUGCACAUCAAGCUGAAAAAGCAGCUCAGUUAAAGGCAGCCAACCAUAAACGUCGUCUCGAUGAUAUAGCUGAGAAAAACGUUUAUAAACAACAAAGGGAGCAACAAUCCAUUUUGGAGGAUAGGAAGAUAGAACGUGACCGGUCUGAAAUAGAAGAGCAAUGGCGGCAAAGAAAAGAGUACAUAGAUCCCCGGUUUGUGCAGAGGCAGUUUUGCAUGGAUAAGGUCAGAUGUAUGUUGGAAAAGGAAGCGAAAAAGAAGGAGGAAAGUCGGGCCAGGGAUGAAGAGAAAGUAUGUGAAGAGGCCAAAAAACAAGCAGCGAUGGGACAAAUACAGGAACAAAUACAGAGGGAGAAGAGAGCCCAAAUGCUGCAAGCUGUUUCAGCUCACAAUGAAGCGCAGAUGCGUGAAAAGGUGCAGAAGCAGCUGGAGGAGAAGCAGAGAGAUCUUGAGGCCCAGAAAGAGGACAACAGGUUGUACUUUGAAAGGGAAAGCCAGAAAGCUAAAUCUGCGAGGGCAAGAAACAUCCAAUUUUCUGAUGAUAAUGUCAAAUUACAUGCACAGAGACAUGCCCCCCCCCCCACCCCCCCCCCCCAAAAAAAAAAAACAUUCAGACAAAGGAGGAACGUCCUUCAACAAUGA